CCGAUAAAUAGUCGGAUAUAUUUAAGUGUGUGUCAGUUUCAUACAAAACGAAUAAAAAUAAGACUAAAGAGAAAAACAUUUGUGAACUGGAUUUGUUUGAAAAACUAAUUGUGCGAAUUUUUAGAAACAACGAUCAGAGAACAAUAAACAGAAUAAUAAUAAAAGUCAAGACAAUUGAACGAAAACAUUAAAGAGACAACUAAACGGAAAACUGAAGACGUUCAAAAUAAAUUGAGUGAAGUUUUACUGAAGCAUAAAAAAACAAUUAAAAUUAAAAUCACAAUUUUGAUAUGUGUGAACUAUUAUGCAAACACAGUGAAGACUUUAAUGAACUAUGGAUAAGAAUUAUAUAACGCAAAAUCCAGACUAAAAAUUCUUACAUUUUCUACCUAAAAUAUAAAUCUUUUAUAAAUACAGUAGGUAUACCUAUGUGAAUGUGUUGUUUUUGUAACAAUUUCAAUUAAAAAUAAAAACUUUUGCAUUUUUAUAAACGAAGACAAUUUUUUUCUUUUGCAUAAUAUUUUAUGUGUGAAACAUUUUGAGUUCGAUUUUUGUGUAAAAUACGUUCUCCAAAUUCUAUAUUAAAACAAUUUAAAACGAAGUAACUUUUUUGUAAACAAACCAACAGAAAAACCAAAAGUUUUAUUUUGCAAAAUAUACGAAAAAAAAAUUCAUCACAAUGGCUGUGCCCUUCUAUGUGCCCGAUGAAGAACGCGAAAACGGUUCAUCAUCUCAACCCCAAAGUACUACCACAUCGGCAACACAAACGCCGCUACAGAGUCCGACCAAUGAACACUUGGUGCAAGUGUUCUACGAAGCAUUGUCGCUGUAUUCGGCCAGUUUAGUAUUGCGAUCACCAUGUAGUACCAGUCCACCAUCAAGCCCAUCUUGCUGUCAUCCCCACAUCAAUAACUACCGUGGAAAUGUAUUUUUCCCGCGGCCGCAUGUAGCGCCCCAAACUCCAGUCAGCUUCGGCCGAUCACAUCAGUGGUCGACGCCAAGAAAUGAGAUGCCACGAAGACGUCUCAACUCUACCGGUGAAGAGGAAGAUGAUGAGGAUAUUGAUUCCGACAUUGGUAUCGAUGAAUGUCCAUCCGCUACUAGCAGCAGCAGCAAUAGCAGCAAUAGUACUCCGGCAUCACCUCUACCUGUCGACUUCAAUUUCGAAGAACAUUACACAUACUUGGCGGCUAGGGAACGUCUACAGGAAUUUCCCGGUCAAGUUCCACAAAAGAAGAAGAAAGUGGUGAGCGAAGAAAAAGCCGAAGCUGUUGCUGUGAAAACUCAAAAAAAGCCAAAAUCAAAGGAACAAAGAUUUGUUUGGACUACAGUAGUAACGGCUGCUGUACUGGCUGUGGGAUACAUUUCAUCACGUUGAAAAAACAUUUAAAUUAAGAACCAGUAACAAUACAUUUAAAUGUUGUGAAUUGUAAAUACGAAAUACACUUCAGAUUAUGCACGGACAUUCGUUUCAUAAAGCAUGAAGUUCGAUUAUAUGUGGAAUCCUCGCUUCGGUGCUCACAUAUUAUGAAUUAUGGUAAGAGUCACGACUAUAUUUUUGUUCAGCCUUUAUUUCGCAGACGGUCUUUUCAUCCGGCCAUGUUUAUAAGCGAUGAACUUUUGCUAGUAAAAAUAAGUGAAGUAAAAGAUUUCGUUUGAAUAUCAGUUGAAUAUUUUGAUCAAAGGAAGUAAAGCAUUGGAUCAUUGUACUGGUAAAGUGGUUUCCGUCUGUGAUGGGUUAAACAAACAAACAAAUUGAUUUUUAUAGCAACUAUUUUUUCCGAAUGAAAUCAAACUAAAAUUUUGUUGUAUUGAAAGGAAUCUUCUCGACAAAUUUAAACCUGAAAUUAUUUUUGUAUGAAGCAAACUUAGUGUGAGUGCCAUGCAUUUUGAAGUUCACUGUAAACAAAAUUUUGAAAGUAAGAAAAUUAAAUGGAAAGAAAAAGUUUUUUUUUUACAGAAAAUAAAAGUAAAAUUAAAAAAAUAUAUUAUCUCGAUAAAUAAACUAUGAAUGUAAUAAAUAUAAUGAUUAAAAAAUCUAUUAGGAUAUAAAUGUUUUAGUUGUGUAGAGGAUCAAAAUAAUAAAUGAAAGAAACAAACAAAAACAAAACAAGAAAAUAUAAAAUAUUGUGACUUAGAUUUUUAAGCAUUAAUGAUAACCCAAAGCGAUUGUGAUUAAAUAAAAAAAUGAAGGAAAAAUAUGAAUUUGAAUUAAAAUUUAUAAAAAAAUUAAAAUAAACAACAACAUGAUAAAUUAAAUUGAAUCAAUCCUCAUUGGAUGAAAGCAUGAAUUGACAAAUUUAAUGAAAAAAAUAAAAAAUAUUUUUUUUUACUUUUUUACAAGUUUAGCGUAAUUUUUGUUUUUUUUAUUGAUUAAUUAAUAUUAAUAUAUUUGUCUCAAAUACAAGCAUUUUACUUGGAUUUUUUACCCUUUAUUUAAAGAAAAGAAAGAAAAAUAAAUAAAAUAAUUGAAUGUGUCAUGUUUUUUUCAUUAGCAUAAUUUACUUUCUUAAUUUCGGAUUCGAUUUCAUUUUAUUUUUUUUCUUAUACAUCAUCUUCGUUUUCAUUAAAUUUUCUGUUUAAAUUGAUUUUCUUCCCGAAAAAGCUCUUUAAAGCGUAUUGUGAUUAAUACAAAAAAGAAAAAAAAACAAGAAAAAACAAGACAAACAAUGAAAAUGACUUGAAAAAAAAAAUUGAAAAACAAUGAUGUCGCAUCAAAAAUGAUAAGAUUUUUCACUUUUCCAACGAAUAUAUCAAAAUCAGCCAACCAUUUUUCGUAUGGUUUCGCAAUACUACUAUUUGGUCUCAUGAUAAAUGAUCUCAUUUAAUGAAAAAAAAAUCCAGCGUUUCAACUAUAUAUCUAAAAAAAAUAUUUUCAAAUAAAAUGUUUUCCUAUUGGUGCGAUUUAAAAAAAAAGGAUUUUUUAACUAUUGUCCAUUGUGCAAACCUACAUUUAUAUCUACACAAGUCAUUUUAUAGUAAUGCAUUUUUUACAAAUAUUAUACAAAGCAACAAAACAUACAAAUAAAUAAAUUUAAUUACAAAAUAGAAAUCCUCUUUUUUUAAAGAAUAAUUUAAAACAUAAAAUAUGAAAACUUGAAACGAUUCGAGCGAUUAGAAAGAAAAUAUAAAAAUGGCCAAAAAUCGAAUUUCUGAGCCCCAAAGAUUUAUAACUUUUUUAUUGUAAAUUGAAAUUUUUAUAGAAAUUGAAAAUAAAAAAGUUUAAAAAAAAACGAUAAAAAUUUGAUCUCAAAAUAACUAAUCAAUUAAAAAAUAUAUUUAAAUGAACAAAGAAGAAAAAGGAAAAAUUAUUAAAAACGAAAGAAAAUAAAAUAAUAAUAAAAAAACACCGAAGAAAACAGCGUAAUUGUUUUUCUGCGAUAUGUACAUAGUCUAAACAGAAUACAGAAACAAUUUUUUAUAUAAAAUAAAUUUAAAUGAAAUGAACAAGCAUUAAAUAAAAUAAUUCUAAAAGCAAUGGACACAUGGUGUUGGAAUCGGUUUCAAAUUUAUGGAUUCAUUUUUGUAAACAUUGUGAGUCGCAUUUCAUGUAAGAUAAUUUUUUUUUCUCAUUUUUAUAAUAAUUAAAAAUAUAUUUGCUUUAUACAAUAA